CCAAGCCGCCCAGAUCCUACCUGCGCGUACGCACCUAGCUCUAGCUCGAUCCGAGACGAUGGCCGGGAGCAAGGUGACGAUGACCAGCGCGGUGGCCGUGGCGCUGCUGCUGGCCAUGGCGAUGGCGGCCGCGUCGGUGUCGGGCACGGUGUGCGGCGUGGACCUGGGCAGCAUGAAGGACGCGUGCGGGUCCUACUGCGCGAGAGGCAGCAGGGAGGCCCGGCCGAGCGGCCAGUGCUGCGGCGUGCUGAGGAAAGCCAACCUCCAAUGCCUGUGCAAGCUGAAGCGCAGCUACGGGAGCUUCGGCAGCAUCGACGCCGGCCGCGCCAUGCAGAUCCCCGGCAAGUGCGGCAUCGGCGGCGUGCCCAGCUGGUGCUAGAUCCAUCUUCGCACCGGCCGGCGAUCCAUCCUUCCACAGGCGCACGCAUGCAUGCAUUUGGGCGGGCGGUCGAUCGGUCAUGUGUGACGAUACUUCCUUUAUAAUUUGGGGUUUUCGAUUUAGAUUGAGUUUCCGUACGUCCGUGUGCUUUCGUACGUGUAUCCUCUUGUGAGUUAGUCCUUUAUUUUGCACUGUAAUUCUGUACCGGUACCGUACGUGUGUGAUGCAGAAUCACAUACGUAUAUGCUUCCUGUGCAUCGUUAUGGAUCAAAUAAUAUGAUCAAUUAUUAUCACAUCA